AUGGCUCCCCCGUCGGCGCUCGCCAUCGCCUCGGGCGCAGUGGUGCGCCUGCGCAAGGAAGAAGUCUCGUACCGCACGGAGCUGGCCGAGCAGGAGGCGCAUGCCAAGGCCCUCGAGGACAAGACGAAGAGAGGCGGGCAUGGCGGCGAGGAGGACGGCAACGAAGAGUUUAUGCUGAAGCAGCAGCAAAUCGCCAUCGAGCAGACCAAGGCCGUCUUCGAACCGUUGCGGAAGCGAAUCACAGAGGCCAUCGCCAGGCUUGAGGAGCAGAUCGAGUCGAGCCAGGGCAAGGGCGACGUGAGCGCGGCCGACUUGGAGCAGGCCAGGGCCGUGCUGAAAGAGGCCAAGACAGCGUGA